AUGCCCAUUGUCACCCAAGAUAUCCCAGAGACCAUAUCUAUAUCGUCAUCUACACUGAGGAAGUUCACCGGGGCCAGAGUCGACGCUUACACCCGGUAUGUGGCGUACGUUCUGUUCCGAGAUCUGAACAUCUCGGUGAACGGCCAGCGGAACAUCAACAACGUGCUCAGCAAUCUGCCCGUCUAUCAAUCGGUCGCAGAGGAUGACAGGCUAUCAUUCGGAUGGGGGUUGGGCAAUGUGAUCCGCGAUAAGGCCAUCCACGAAGGAUCUUACGACCAUGUUGCCAUGAUGAUAGCAAUCGGCGAGAGUUUCCGCGAAAGCUACGGGGCCAAAAUACUCAAGCAUAUGGCUCACGCAGCGGCAGGGCGGGAGGAUGUCACUCCUCAUUUCUCCCAGUGGGUAGCGGCACUUCACGCGGUGAACGGGGUAUUUGCUUCCACCGAUUUUGGAUUGUUGGUUGAAGAGUAUCUUCGCAUGGACCCUUAUCCGAUCCGGCAUGUCACAAAUGUUGAAGCCCUGAUACCUCCCGAAUCAGUCGCAAAGGCUCUCCAGGCUCUGAUGCGUGUCACGGCAGGGCACGCGAAAGGCGUGACACUGACUGGGAGUGCCGUCAUCUCAUGGUUUGGUGCUAUCGCAGAGUGGCUUUGCGAUCUGCGGAUAGCUGUUUUUCAGGACACCGGAGUCCAGCUCCACGUCACCCACCAGGACCAGGACGCCCAGUUGACCCUCGUGUAUACCGCGGAGCCGGGCAUACAGGCGUCCGCCGAGCCUUUCAAGCCAAGUCAAGUGAGUCUGGCGAAGCUGACCUUGGUGGAUCGAACCUACUCUGCUGCUGUCCACGCAACACCGUUCGGCGGGCGAGUGGCAUGGCAAUCACUCCUACCUCGAGUCUUCGGCAAGAGUUUCCACUAUCUUGACCACGAGGAAUCCAAGGCUUUUGGCCUCAUGAUCGGGGCAGGAGCCAGAAUGUUUGAGGGUUUGGCUCUGGGCGAAGACGGUCAAGACCAUGGCGUCUUGGUGUCGACCAAAAAUCGAAGCAAUACAGCAUCAUAUGGGGCCGGGUUGGUGGAGACCAUCACCAACUGGCUGCCGGAAUUGAGACGCUUUCAGGGCCGCAUGGAGAGGCCUUUGAAGCAAACAUACCGGGAUGCGGCGGCUUCGUACGUCGAGCAACUGAGCAAGAUAAGAAGGGCCUGCCGCUGCGGCAUUUGCACCUCCAGAGAGGAGUUGGAGGAAGGCCAAGAUGGCGUUCCGCCGCCCCAUGGGUACUGUCUCGCUGUUCUGGUCGAAAGCAUCAUCGCACUGGGACUGUGCCUGUCGCGCAUGACCGUCUCCGCCAGGCUGUACCCUACACGCGCCGGCAUUCAGGGAUUCUAUGCCAGUCAGGUGUCGAAGAGGCUAGAAGCACGGGGCUUACACUGGAGCGAGCAUUUCAAGAUCGUGUACGGCAACGAGUGGAAUGCCCCGGAUGCUCGUCGACUCACCAAUUCGGUGCAGAUAUUCGCAGGCUCACGACCGGACAAGGAUGUGCCUGAAAAUUUGGUUGCCCUUGCCCACGAAGGAACUUGCGCUUAUUUUGUGGCCCUGGAGAAGUCUCCCAAAGCGAAUCGAGAACUCGACCAGCAAGUCAAGCUGAUUCGUGUUGUCAGCGGAGUUAUCAAUGUUCAUGAGAAAGUCUUCGACAGGGCGUGUCUGGGAGCCGUGCAGAACGAAGCGUCCGACGAUCCCUGGGAGAGAAUCGAGUACGAACAUCUGCCUGAACCGUUGUUCUGCAAAUGA